AACGUUCUGUGUAGAGGCCUUGGAUUUUACAUUUUAAGGUUUCCACAUUAACACUUCCUUUUGUUUUGUCUUGUUGUUUUGUUGUUUUCUUGUAAAUUAUGACAGUUUUUUGGAAGAUCACAUUAAAGACGGAAACGAUCAGACAAGAAAAUAUUUUUACAUCAGAAAAUAUUGCAAUUUCAAGCUAUUGUGGCAUCUUGGCAUCCCUGAGUUUAGUUUUACUCGAGUUAUUCUGUUCUGUAGCUUUAAUUUAGCCUUUUCAUUUGGGGGACUCUUUAUUUUAGGAGAGCCGAGGCUGACAGUGAGAGUGAGCCUACAUGGGGACAGUGAUUCUCCCUUUUCUGUGCGCUGUUCUAAGCUGAGUUAUGGACCAACAUUUUGACGUCUCUGAGUUUCUCCUCCUGUACAAUAUUAAAAGGUAAACAUUUAAUAGCAUUGAGAUAAGCACUGAGUUGUAAAUGGUCACAACAUGUCAUAAUGAGUGCUGGACCUGCUAGAGUUCAGUCUGUUUGCAGGUGUUUGUUUUAGACCCCUAACAAAGACUUUAACAGAAUGCAAACCUGUUUGGAGCUCAGACCGAGACAUUUGGAGUCCCUCCUACUUGGACUUGCUCCAGCUUGCAGGAAUACAUACGUUAAUUUUCUGUGGAAAGCAGUGUGUAAGCCACUCCUCCUGAGGGACACAGAAAAGUCUUUCAGAAGAGGAAGAGGAACAGCAAACACCAACUGCACUCCACGACGAAAACAGCAGGUGAAUAAUUCAGAUCGCUUUAAAGAUGUCGGCCACUGCAGUUCCACUGAGGAAUGCCUACACCACUGUGACCCAAGUGAUCCCCCCACCAACAUCAACUGAACCUGGGCAAAUGAUCUACACUAUAGGCCCACUUCAGAAGUUUCUGAAAGGAAAACCAAAAUUAUUAGGAAGUGUUCAAAUAACCAUCGGUUUGUUGAAACUCUUACUUGGUAUUGUGAUGAUGGUGAUGAACUCUUACAUGUCCACUGUCUUCGGUGGAAUUGCAUUUGGGUUUGCUUGGAUGUACAUCAUCACCGGCUCUCUGGCUGUUUCAGCAAGUAUAAACCUUAAUCACCGUGUGGUGAGGGGUGCUCUGGUGAUGAAUGUGAUAAGCCUAAUAACUGCAGCAAUAAUCUUCGCUGUGUUCUUGGCGUUUUUGGUGUCAGCCCAAUGGUGUAGUCCCAGCGAUAAUUGUUCUGUGAUCAAUGUGAUUUUGGUAGUGCUGGUGAUUUGUUCCAUAAUUCAGUUCAUCAUCUCCAUCUGUGUCUCAGUCUUUGCCUGUAAAGCUGCCUGGAGCGAUGAGCCUUCUGUAAGUUUCAGAUAAAAUAAGGACAGUUUCAGAGAUGCAAUAAAAUACCCAGUGGGUAUAUUCCUUUAUAUUGUUGUUGAAGAGUUUUGUUGAGUUUUGUUGUUUACACUGCCCCCUUUGAUCAAGAGAUGACUGUCAAUGAACAUUGUU